GGUCGUUUUCACGUUUCAUCAGCCAAACACAAAGUAGGGAAAGUGGCGGAAAAUAAUCUUCGUGGGUACUUUACCAAUAGCAGUCCUGUCCUGGGAUCUUAUUCCACUCUGCAACAGCUUCAAAGAAGUAGAAAGCGAAAGUUAAACGUGUUGUUGGGAGCCGCAGUGGAAAAAUCCCCUCCACUCUGAGAGCUUAUAAAGGCUGACAGAGGAGCCGCCUCACAACAACCCGGCGCACGAGCUCACAGGAAAUCAUCCUGGGACUGAGAAAGGGAAACCAUUUAAGCCGAAAAAAUGAAAAAGCUUUGGGGCAAGAUGUCGAAAAGGGUGCAAAGAAUGGACAGCACCAAGCCUUUGAUGCAGAACAACAACGACUAUGACGGUCCUGAAUCUGAGAAAGGACCGCUCUCACGGGAGCUCCGUUCAGUGUGCUCUGAUGACGCUCCAGACAGUGAGCAGAUUUCCUCCCAUCACACUGAGAGGAGCGGUGAUCAGCGUACGCAGAGAUCCGAGCCCCUGAGCUUCCCAGAGCCUCCGGCAGACCUGGGAAAACAUCUGGAUCAGCAUCUGGAAGCUGUAGAUGAAAUAGUCAAAAAUAAUCACGCCACAUCUGGAGAUGACUUCCUCUGUCAGAUACGUGAUCACUUUGACGCUCUGCUCCAGAACGUCAGCACCACCAAGAGCUGGACAGUCCUGACAAACUGGGUCUCACAGAGGAAGGAUCAACUCGAUCACUCUGACCUUGGUCUGCUGGAUGAAUGGGAAUUAACAGCAGAGGACAAACUGCUGGAGAUAGUAAAGGUGGAAGUCAGAGAUUCCCUGGAAAAAAUCCUGGAUGCUGAUCGAACACAAAUAGAUUACAGUGAGGAGACCUACGCUCAACUUUAUGUGGACGUUAUUCAGUGUGUUAAUGCAAUGCCCAAAUUAGUGCAGGAGAAGAGAUUACUGAGUAUUGAGGUGAAGAAGGUUUGCUUUCAAGAGCUGCAGAGUUUUGUGGAAAGGUACAACUCAGAGCAAGUUGAGAAACUCCGUAAAAAAGCUGAAGCAUGGAGGGAAAUCCCAGAAACCCUCUGGGUCUUCCUGAAGACUCUGAAAACCUGUAUAGAGCUAAGGCAGCACAUCCAGGCUGAAGGAUGCGCCAGAGCAGGCUCUGUGGACGAAACCAAGAAAACACUUGAAAAGUUGAAGGGUCUAACUCUGGAUCUUACAAAGAAAAUUGCAAAUGAACUUGCUGAGAGCUGCCUGAAGGAUUACUUCAAAUCGGCCAGCAGGUCAUCUGGGUGCUUUUUACUCCGCCAGCCUGGUGAAAGAGACUGUGAGCUGUUUGACUCUUUGCGGAACCAUUUUCCCAAGGUGCCUUAUGCUUUGGAUGAACAAACCAUUGUGAUGAAUGAGGUUUAUAAGGUCGUUGCUCACUCUUACCUCAAACAUGUCCUCCAAAAAAGUCACCCAAUACUGAAAAAGCAAUGGCGCUCUGAUGUUGGUAAAGCAGUCAAGGAGGAUGCCGACGAGCUUCACAACACCAUCUCAGAUCUGGCUCCUGGUGUCCAGAAGUGGAAUCGCCUGCUGCUGGUGAUCCAAGAGGUGUCAAACUGCAAAGACCUCGACUCAUACAAGCUCACCAUCGCAUUGAAACAGAAAGAGAUUGAGAAGCAGAGUGAGGACCAGGAGCUUGUAACCAAACUGCUGCGGUGGAGGGGUCUUCCUGAAGGUCAAGUCAGAGAAGUUCUGGAUGCUUUACCUGGCCGUCCACCCAGACCCAAGUCUAAACCCUUAGUUUUGCGUUUCAGCUGCUGCCGCUGCUGCCGCUGAACUACAAGCAACUGCACAAACCUGACAUAUGUAAAGUUUGUAAAUGUAUUGAUUAAACACUUUCCGUUAAGAUCAAGCCAGGUCUACUGUAAAUCUCCUUCAUUCAGGUGGAAAUUUUUAAGCAAAAAAAAAAAAAAAAGAAAAAAAGAAAAAAAAGUUCUCAUUGUAAUAAUGCUAACGUUCAAUGCUGCUUCCUGCACCUUUAUCAUAACUGAGCGAUGCCUUCUCAGCUUGUGUUUGGGGUGGUUUUUGUUUUUGUCUGCCUCAAUAUUCUUCAACUUGUGUGUGACUCAAUAGGAGUCUGUCUUAACUGCAGGUUCUUCAUUUAGGUAUCGGCAAUCUUUGUUCUUUUGUCUUUUUUGUUGCAGUGAGUUUUUCCGCUCGCUCUGUUUUGUGCUUUUCUUUUCAUUUUCUGCUUCAGAAAGUGUUUCAGAAACGGCAACAAGACUUUUAAUGUCAGUAGUUUACUGUUAAAUUGCCCUGGUUUCGUUACGGGUUACGUUUUGUUUGUGAUGAUUCAUAUGAACUGAGGUACCAAGGAGUUUCUAGAAUAUUCAGAAGAGUUUAACAAUAAUAAAGAAAAGGGAAACUCCUUCCCUUACUGAUCAAAUCUUUUUUUAAUUAUUUCUAUUUUUUACAGUUUUAGAUAGCUUUUACGUGCUAUAUUUGUAUGUUAAUAUUUUUAUAAUUUUAUUUAUGAAAGAUAAUAUUUUUAACAGUCUAUUAUUCUUCCUUGUACUUGAAUUUCCUGAAUCUACUUCUAAAUUUCUGUAAUGAGGCUCCUGCUAAACAAGACAGGGAAUAAAUCAACAGAGGAGUACUGUAUUGAAUUGUAAAUGUUUUUAUUUUGCAUUUCUCAUUUUCUUUUCUUCAAUAAAUUAAGGUACUGUUGUAAAGGAUAUUCUUUCUCUCAUCAUGUUUGCUGAGUAUCAGGGAGGAAUUUUCUUGUACUGACCAAAUGUCAAUAAAAUGAAUUCAAAAAUGA